ACGCUGUCAGAUUUCACUUUUUCGGGAAUUCCCACCGUCCGGAUGGGCCUCCAUCUGCUCCUGCGGUAAGAGUCACCAGACUACACUGCAGUCGUAACCUGUGGAGUGGAUAUACUUCUUCAGAAUGGCGUCUGGUCAUGACCUGUCUGAGGAAAUACAAGAAGACAUUCUGAGUUGUCCGAUCUGUUACCACCAGCUGACAGAACCCAAGGCUCUGCCCUGUCAGCACACGUACUGCUGUAAGUGUCUACAGGAGCUGGCCAGGAGGGCUAAGAAUGGACAGUUCCAAUGUCCGGAGUGCGGGAAAACAGUCGCCAUUCCAACGGGUGGAGUGGAGGCCUUCCCCACAAACUUCCUGGUUGUAAAUGUCCUGGACAAGGUCCAACAGUGCAGAGAAGAGAAGAAGAAACAAGCAGACGAGACAGACAUGUGUGACAUUCACAAACAAGAAGCCCAAGUGGUGUGUGACGACUGUAACGUUGUUGUGUGUAACGUCUGCUUGAAGUCUGGCCACAAGGGGCACGUCCUGAAACACAUUGACCAAGAAAAAGCCAUCUGGGUGGAAAAAGCGAGGAGGCUCAUCGUGGAAAGCGGGGAGGUUUCUGCAGGCCUUUCUCAUCAGGAGUCCCAUACUCUCGUGAAACAGCGUUUGCAAGAGAAGCACGAAGAGAUCAGAAAGCAGAUUGAGUCUCGCGCAGCUGCAGUGAUCCACACGGUCCAGCGUCAGAAAAAGAAUCUUCUAGAGGAACUCCAGCAACGACAGGAAAGGAAGCAUGAAAAGAUCAGUCAAAGGGAGACACAGUGUAACAGACUGAUAGACAUGAUGUUGGAAGGUAGGACUCGAGCGGAAGAAGCCAUCAAUAACAACAGGCCAUUACUUUAUAAUGAUAUAUCCUCGCACUGUCUCGGUCUGGCUUCUGCAGUUUCGGAAGGAAUCGCAUACCGUGCAAAAUAUUCUCCUCUACAAGAAGAAGUGUGCGGCCUCAGGUUUGUAACAAGCUCAGUGGAGCUAGGGCACUUUGUUGAAGGAAAUGUCGAAGUUAGCCCUUACCAUGGCAUGCAGGGGUCUAGUUCGAAUACUGACCAACAAUGCUUAAACGGUGCCAAAAUCCAUGGCAACAAAAGUGAAAAGAAUCCAGGCAAAAAGGUAACUUUUGCAUCUCAUCCUAUCAUAGCAGCAACUCCUUCUGGUAGAAAUGAACGUGAAAACAGCACUCUGAUCAUUCUAGAUGAUGAUGAUGAUGCGUUGAAUAGUAACCGCACUCCUACUGAUCAUCAAAAACCAGCUUCAAGGAAAUGCAAGCCGUGGCCCAAGUCUCCUCUCAGUGAUCUGGCACUCACGCAGCUUGUCACAGCCUCAUGUAGCCGUGAUUCGGAUCCGCCAGUAUUACCGGAGAGCAGUGCCAACACCACAACCAACAGUAACGGUGACAACUCAGUUCAAAAGGUGCCACAUAGACUUACCAGUCUUGUUACAGAGCUUCGAGGAAGACUGGACACUAAAACAGGGAACAGUAAUGGUGACAAUACAACUCAAAUGGCAGCAGAAGGAAUUGCAUCAGAGCUUCCAGAAAGACGGGGCACCAAAGCUGCAACAGGAGACAGCAUCGGUGACCGAACAGUUCAAAAGGUUGCUCAAGCCAAACGUGCUGCAAGAAAGCUCCUAGAAACUCAGGGCACCAAGAACACAGCAAGGAAAACAGUGAGAAGUGUCAAUAGUACUUCAUGGAGACCAGAAAGAUACAUGAAACCACAAGUGGAGAUCAUGAGGAUGAAAACAGAAGGCAACGUCGCUACUGCAUCUGCUAGCAGAGCUAACGGAGCAUCUGCAUCAACAUCUGCAUCUGCAUCAAUAUCUGCACCUACAUAUGCAUCUGCUUCCACAUCUUCACCUGCAUCUUCAUCUGCUUCCACAUCUUCACCUGCAUCUUCAUCUGCUUCCACAUCUUCACCUGCAUCUACAUCUGCUUUCACAAGGGCUUCCACAUCUGCCUCAUCAUAUGCACGUACACCUGCAUCUGCUUCCACAUUUGCAUCAACUUCAACAUCUGCAGCUAUGUCGACACCUGCAUCUGCGUCGACAUCUGCAUGUGCAUCAACAAGUUCCAGUGUUGCUGCACAUCCGGGAGCAUCAAGAACUGGUCCAUACUCUUCAACCAAGGACAAGAAUGGCAAAAGACCUGUCAAGAAGUUACGGCUGUCUUGUUCAGAUAAGGAACAUUGGUUUGUAAAAACCAAAGUGGAACUUACCAGUGAUGAUGAUGAUGAUAACUAGCAUGUUAUUAAGAAACCGUUUCCAAACAAAUCAAGUGCCGGGCAUUAUACACUUAAGUAUGUGUAUUUUAAGGCUAAGUGUACAAUGUUCAUGCCUGCCCCAUCAUAAGAACUUGAAAUGGAUUAAUGAUGGAUUUUCAAACUUCAUGUAUUCAUCUCAACAAGAAGGUGUUAAGGACCUCAAAUUGAUGGCAAAGUGAUAGAACAAUGGUGUUCCAUAGUUUUUUGUCAGUUUGCUGGUCAGCAGUUGUUGUUUGCUAGGAAGUGAAACCAUGGCAUAGAGUUUCUAUGUAACACCAUGCCAUGGGUAUUUUAAAGGGUAAUUACCAUGACAUGAAUUUUUGAUAAAAGUACACCAAUCCAUAACAUGGGUAUUUUAGUGACACCAUGGUAUGGUAGCAUGGAUUUUUUACCUUAAACAAUGGCAUGGAUUUUUUUAGAAUGACUUGGAUUUUACAAGACACUAUGACAAGGAAUGAUGGCAUAGAUUUUAGCCUGUCACACAAUGCCAUGGAUUUUUCAAGGGACAUUUUGACAUGAAUCUAAUGAUAUGGAAUUUUAAAGUAACACAACGGCAUGGAUUUUACAAGUGACUUCGUUUACAAAACCGUGAAUGUCUUGGUCAUUAUGCAUACGUGUAGGUCCUUGAGCCUGUUGUAGGCUUGUGAUUUGACAGUGUCUUUUUGGUGACAAUUUUUCAAAAUUUUAAAGUUAAAAUCAUGAAAUAUUAAAAGGACAUGAAAAUAUAAGUUUGCUCUUUGCAUUACAUGCAUAGGUACCAUAUUUAGUUUUUGUUACCAAUAUGUUAUCAUGUGUUGCUAGCUCGUUUGCCUUGAACAUUUAAAAUGUAGACUUAAAUCAAAGCAAAGUGUGAAAAUAUAAAAGAAAUUGUAGACUUUGUAGAAUAGAUUGUUUGUUAAUUGCUGUAGCAAGUUUAGCUUGUAACUGUUUUUGCUUGAUCAAAUUACUGUGUACGGACAGCAAAAUUUAUAGCAUGUAUUCAGUUUAAGUUUGUUCAUUUGCAUGUUUGUUUAUCAGAACAUACAUUUUGAAUGUAGUAUUUGACAUCUUGAAUAUUAUUCAAGAUAUAGUCCCGUAUGAUAUGUUCAAUAUUCAUAGUUAAGUAGUAAACAUUAUGCACUAAUGUAGAAUAGAUUUUGUUAGAUAUGAUUUCAAAUUGACAUACAUUCUGGUAUUUACUGUACUAAUAACAUUGAUAAGAGUAGUCAUUGUUACUUUUAGGUCACAAAUAAUUUAGAAAACUAAUAAAAACCUAUACAAAACUGUUAUAAUAAUCCAAAUAAAACCCUUGUAUUAAUA